AUGAAAGUUAACAUUCUACAUUGGCACGCUGUUGCUUCAUGGACCUGGGAUGCCCAAGAUGAAACAUGUGGAAUAUGCAGGAUGACCUUUGACGGUUGUUGUCCUAAUUGCAAAUUACCUGGGGAUGACUGCCCAUUGAUUUGGGGACAAUGCAACCAUGCUUUCCAUCUACACUGCAUUUUAAAGUGGGUAAAUUCACAAACCUCUCAAGCUCACUGUCCUAUGUGUCGUCGAGAAUGGCAUUUCAAGGACUGA